GUAUCACUCUAAGCCGCGGCGCCAUCUUGGGAGCGCAGCGAGAUUCUCGUAUGUCGGAUAGACUUGUUUGCGCCUUCUUUUUAUUUUUCCUCGAGUUUAUCAACGUUUCUCGCGUGAUUUAGCAUGAUUAAUCGCGCGUGACUCGAUCGGAAUCAUUUUAACGGAGAAUACGGUGAAUAAAGCAGUGUCAUACUAGACGGACAAACGACAGCGGUAUAGGUAUAGGUUAGGAGACACUCCUCGACUGACUUGACAGUGAUGGACCUGUCAAAAGUACCGAACGAGAGGAAAUUGUACCUCUGCAGAUGGUACUUUCGAGCUGGCUUUGCACUGUUGCCUUUUCUGUGGGCUGUGAAUGUAAUUUGGUUCUGGAAAGAAGCCUUUACUAAGCCAUUGUAUGAGGAACAGAAACAGAUUAAAAAAUAUGUGAUAAUAUCUGCUAUAGGAGCGACGGUUUGGGCUAUUGCUUUACUGGCAUGGAUAAUUACCUUUCAAACCCAGAGAGCUGCAUGGGGUGAAUUUGGUGAUGCUAUCAGCUAUAUAAUUCCCACUGGUAUUCCUUGAUGAUUUUAAUAUCAAUACUUCACUUUGUUAUAUAAUUACAUAAUAUAAUUUAUCACAGAUGCGUAUAAUAGUUUUUAUAUAUUACUGCAUUAAGUUUGUAAGAUAAGUAAAUUUGAGAUUCACAGCAAAAUUUCACAUUCAGUGUAUAUCAUCAGUGAAAUAAAAUGACAUUUUCUAUA